GCUUACAAUGCCCACAACCUUGUUAUAGUUUUGUUAUAAUUAAUGUUGGAGUGCUUUAGGCCUCAGAAACAGACCUGAAGAAACAGAAUCCCUCUCUCUCUCUCUCUGACCUUUUCCUGUCCUUUUUCACCUAUCCAAGGCAGGACUAAUCUGAUUAUGGGGCAGAAGACACUCAUUCCAGAGGGGGUCCCACCCAAUAUCCCAAAGGAAGAAUGGUAAACACAGAGGCCAAGACUGAACAGACAGGCCUUGCUGGGUUUAAACCAUGCACUUUUUCCAAUCACAUUUCUGCGUGAUUGUCAAUCAUGCCUAUGUAAUGAAGCCUCCAUAAAAACUCAAAAGGGUAGGGUUCAGAGAGCUUCUGGAUAGCUGAGCAUGUGGGGGCUCCUUGAUGAUUGUGCACAAGGAGGGCAUGGAAGCUCUGUGCCCCUUGCACCAUACCUCACCCUAUGCAUCUCUUCUUCUGUAUCCUAUAUAAUACCCUUUAUAAUAACUGGGUAAGCCUAAGUGUUUUCCGGAGUUCCAUUCCAACAAAUUAACCAAACUCCAAAAAGGAGUCAUGGGAACCCCAAAUUGAAGCUUGUUGAUCAGAAGUUCUGGAGGCCUACACAUGUGACUGGUAGCUGAAGCUGGGGACUGGAUGCCUAACCUGGGGAAUCUAACACUAUACCCAGGUAGAUGGUGUCAGAAUUGAUUUGAAGGACACACAGCUGGUAUCUGUUGCUUGGUGUGUGUGAAAAACAAAAACAAAAACACUUUUCGUCACAGAAGUCUUCUUUAGUGUUGAUUGUUGUUGCAGUGUGAGAGCAGAGGACAAAAACAGUUUGACAGAUUGCUGAAAACAGUACCUGAAUAUAAAAAGCAGCCUAAUUAUCUUUCUAAUAUCACUUCCCUCAUGUCAUCCCCAUUCUUACAGAUUUCAGUCAAAAUUUCCCAUCAUGUCAAAUAAUAAACGGAUAACUAGCUAUUACUCCUCCCCAAAGGGCUCAAUCCUUUUUAUCUGUUCCUAUUUUUCAAUAAUUCUUAAUAUACAUAUAAUGUAUAAAUUAGUACAUUUUAUAAUUCUUACCAUUACAAUUACUUUUAUUCCUCUUUCUACUUUUAUUACAUUACUUUCUUCUAGAAAAAUUUUUUUUUUUAUUGUGGCCAGUUUAUUUCAGGCUGAGAUCAACUCAUUCUUGUACUUUUAAAGUAUUUCUGACUACACUGAAUUUAAAACAAAUCUUUCAAUGUUGCACACAUUUAAAUAUUAAUAUAUUCUUCUUUUCUAAAUAUUACCUUGUAUAAAUCCUCCCAACUAAAAGGUAUGACUCGUAAGAGGAGAAAAAUAAAUGAGGUAAGCUGCUGUAGGUAACUUCCUUAUACCAAAUUGAGUCUGUUUUCAUGCAAUUCUAUGUUAAAACUAUUUUUGAAAAGGAAAGGCAGAUGGUUUCUGAGAUAAUUUCAUGAUGUGCUAAUUCUGGAUUGAGUCAGAAAGAAGCUAAAGUCAGAUCCUUUAUAGAAAAUUAACUCUUGAGGUGUACUUAGCUUAUGAUGAAAUACACAGAUUUUAAGGGUGCAGCUUGAUGAGCUUUUAUUUGAAAUCACCAUUGCAAUCAAGAUAUUUGACUGAUACUUUACCUUUUUCCAGAAAGGUCCUUUUAUGCCCCAUUCCCCUGCUCACACAUCUAGAAACUAAUAAUUACAUUUCUAUUUCCAUAGAUUAAUAUGAAGUAUCCUAGAACUUCAUACAAAUUAAAACAUAAACUACUCCAUUUGGUCUGGCUUCUUUGUCUCAUAAUUUCUUUGAAAUUCAACCAUGAUCUUGCAUGUUUCAGAAGUUUGUUCAUGUUAUAACAGAGGAGUAUUUCAAUGAAUGAAUAUAUCAGUUUGUUUAUCCAUUCACCUAUCAAGGACUGGUUCUUGGUUUCCAGAUUGUAGAAUACAUUUAUGGAUAAUACUGCUAUGAACAUUCAUAGACAAGACAUGUGGUAAGUUCCUAGGACUGAAAUUGCUGGAUCAAAGCGUAGGUAUAUGUUUAACUUGAUAAGAAAUUAUAGUUACACACCCUAAUUUUUCUCAUGACAUUUUACUCUCCAGUUCAUCAAUUACCCUCAACUCCAUUUGAUUUCUGUAACCUCUAAGUCUAUCCUCAAAAUUCUUUUAAGAAGUUUCUACUUUCCUUAUCAUUGUGUAUGCUUCCCUCUUUUAAUUACAUGUUGAAUCCUUCCCUCAUUUAGGCUUGAAAAAAUGUCCUUAAGUGUCCUAAACUUGCAUCAAACCCACUUAAUCAUCAAACCCCACUUAUGACUUCCCUUAGAAGACAAGGUACAUUUCAGCUCAGUUAUACACUGCUUUUCUCAAUUCCUGCCAUUUUUUUCUCUUCCUUUGCCCCCUGGCCUAGGUCUCCAGCUCACUGAAAACAGCCUCCCCUGAUGAGCACACCAUUGUUAUGUAAUAGCCUAACCCUUACCCCUCGCCUAUCGGGGGUGCCAAGCCUGCAGACUUACUCUGCUUUCCUCAUAACUGCCCUGAGGAGAAGGCUGAAGACUGAGGAAUCCUCUUUCUGCCUCCCAUUUGACUGCAUUUUCUUUGGUCAAAGGCUUCCUUAUUCAUGGGACCUGCCUGGGUCCAGGACCUCUUGACAGGUGCUCUCUGGCUGCCUGUCCUCUGGGCACUCUUGUCCCAGGUCUAUUGUUUUCAUGACCCACCAGGAUGGCGCUUCACUUCCUCAGAAAUCGUGAUCCCCAGGAAAGUGCCCCACAGGAGGGGUGGAGUUGAGAUGCCAGACCAGCUCUCUUACAGCAUGCGUUUCCGGGGCCUAAGACACGUGAUUCACAUGAAGCUCAAGAAGAACAUGAUGCCCAGACAUUUACCUGUUUUUACUGAUAAUGACCAAGGGGCCAUGCAGGAGAACUACCCUUUUGUCCCACGAGACUGUUACUACGAUUGCUACCUGGAAGGGGUUCCUGGGUCUGUGGCCACAUUGGACACCUGCCGUGGAGGUCUGCGUGGCAUGCUGCAGGUGGAUGACUUGACUUAUGAAAUCAAACCCCUGGAGGCUUCUUCCAAAUUUGAGCAUGUAGUAUCUCUGCUUGUGUCAGAAGAAAGACCAGGAGAGGCUAGUAGAUGUAAGACUGAAGGGGAAGAGAUAGAUCAAGAAUCUGAAAAGGUAAAACUGGCUGAAACUCCCAGAGCAGGCCACGUUUAUUUGUGGAGGCAUCAUAGAAAAAACUUGAAAAUUCACUACACGGUUACUCGUGGAUUAUUCAUGCGGAACCCUAAUGUGUCACACAUAAUAGAGAAUGUAGUGAUUAUUAACAGCAUCAUACAUACCAUUUUCAAACCAGUUUAUUUAAAUGUCUAUAUACGUGUUUUGUGCAUAUGGAAUCAAAAGGAUGCAGUACUAUUUUCUGCUAGCAGGCCGGGCCACGUUGCUGUAGAACUGUUUGGUGUGUGGAAAUAUCACAAUUUGUAUUCAGAAAUUUCACAUGAUACCUCAGUUGUUUUUACAUCAAAUUGACUUAGAAACAGUGAGUGUUAUGCCAGCUUUGAUGGAAUAUGCAACCCCAACUGGGGAGCAAUGUUUGUGUAUAUAAUGAGGUAUCACCUAUUUAGGGGGGCAUGUGUUACAGCACAUGCACUAGGUCAUAACAUGGGCUUGACACAUGAUUCUGUUGGUUGUUAUUGUUUUCGACGAACCAACUGUCUCAUGGCUCCUGUUCCUGAUCUUAAUUAUAUGAUGAGCAAUUGUUCUUAUGAGAUAAUUCAACGCAAGUUUAAUCAAUGGGAUCCUUGUUUGAGUGCUCCAAAUGUUCCAUACACUAAUUUUCCAUACGUAGCUCCUCGUUGUGGAGACAAGAUCAAAAAUCAGAGGGAAGAAUGUGACUGUGGCUCCCUUAAAGAUUGUGCCAGUGAUAGAUGUUGUGAGGCCUCUUGUACCCUUUCUCUUGGCAGUGUUUGCAAUACAGGACUUUGCUGCCAUAAGUGUAAAUAUGCUGCCCCUGGAGUGGUUUGCAGAGACUUGAGUGGUAUAUGUGAUCUACGGGAAUACUGUGAUGGGAAAAAGGAAGAGUGUCCAAAUGACAUCUACAUCCAGGAUGGAACCCCAUGUUCAGCAGUAUCUGUUUGUAUAAGAGGAAACUGCAGUGACCGUGAUAUGCAGUGUCAAGCCCUUUUUGGCUACCAAGUGAAAGACAGUUCCCCAGCGUGCUAUCAAAAAUCGAAUAGGAUGGGUAACCGAUUUGGAAACUGUGGGGUUAUUCUACGGUGAGGGGAAGUAGACCUUUUCCAUGUGAAGAAGAUGAUGUUUUUUGUGGAAUGUUGCACUGUAGCGGUGUCAGCCACAUUCCUGGUGGAGGUGAGCACACUACAUUUCGUAAUAUAUUAGUGCACGACAUAAAAGAAGAAAAAUGCUUUGGCUAUGAAGCACACCAGGGGACUGACUUGCCAGAAAUGGGGCUGGUAGUGGAUGGUGCAACCUGUGGCCCAGGGAGCUACUGUCUUAAACGCAAUUGUACUUUUUAUCAAGACCUGCAUUUUGAGUGUGAUCUUAAAACAUGCAAUUACAAAGGAGUAUGUAACAACAAAAAACAUUGUCAUUGUCUGCAUGAGUGGCAACCACCAACAUGUGAACUGAGAGGAAAAGGAGGUAGUAUAGAUAGUGGCCCUCCACCUGACAAACAAUAUUGUAUUGCAGGCAGCAUACUUGUAAAUACAAACCGAGCACUAGUUUUAAUAUGUAUUUGUUACAUCCUUUUUGUGGUUUCGCUUCUCUUUGGUGGCUUUUCACAAGCAAUACAAUGUUAGGGAAGAGAAAGGGAAAGAGCCCACACAAUGGAGUAAAUUACGUUGACACUUACUGGGAGAUAUAAUCAAUAGUCACUCUGACAAUUACAUCAUCUUUCAGCAAUUCUGAUGUCAUCUUGAAAUAAAAUCACUUGGCAAUU